UGAUGAUCGAGUACUGUAAGCUAUUUCUGCUGGUCGCUCUAUGGUCUGUGGAGGUCUCAAACACAGCAGAAUUACGGUGCCCAGAUACAUCGUUGGAUGCAGAAGUUGACAAGAACGUAAUUCUACAGUGUUUGACGGUGCCCAAAAUGGAUGUCAGCAACAAAGUGGAGUGGGUGUUAAAUGAUACCGUUGAUGUGCAUUUGCUCCGUAACGGAAAACAUGAGUUUGUUCAUCAAGGGAAGGACUACAAAGACAGAACAUCUCUUUUCGACAGUGAACUUCAUACAGGAAAUUGUUCACUGCGUCUGAAAACCAAGAUGACUCAUACUGGGAGAUACCGCUGCUCUGUUAGAAUUGGAGAUGAGACAAAACACUGUUUUAUAUCCCUCACCGUCCGUCCACAUGAACUCAAUCCAUCAGAUGUUUAUCGGCGACGUGAUAACAGGUCUUCGAUACAUGAAAAGCCAACAGAUGGUAACAACACUGGCUCUACCAACACUUUGUCUGCCGGGGCCAUCGCCGGCAUAAUCAUAGCCGUCAUCAUAGUCAAAGCCGCCAUCAUCAUCAUCAUCGCUGGGGUGAUCUGCCUUCCCUGCCAUCGACCUUUUGAAGGUGUGAGGCAGAACGACCCAGAUGCUCCGGUGGCUCACAACGGGCCAGUGCAGGCGGUGGAGUGAAGAGCUGGAGACCAAGCAGAACCAAACGACCACAACGAGGGAGAUGAAGGGAUUCCUCUGGAGCAGGUACAUCUGGCCAGUCUGUAGCUGUUCUUUACCUGCCAAAAGUACUUAAUUCUUACAUUCCAGUAAAACAAUAUUUUUGCACUCCCCUGCUAUAACUGUCACAACAUACACUAUGAAACAGUUGUAGCCAAUCAUCCCCAGAAUCAGAAACAGGCUCAUUUCAAGUAAGUUUUCACUACAGCUGGACCAUAUAAACAGCAGCUACACCUCUAGGAAUUUUAAAAUUUAAGGCCACACCGCCCAGUGUUUAGUGUUCACAUACAAGGAAUUGGUGAGUUGAGCCAACUACACAGGAUCUGCCGUAAAAACACUGCGCUGGCUGUGCCUUUGUUUUAAUAUUGGGGAGAGUGGUGGAGAAAAGUGCUACACUCCAAGUGGAAAUGUUUUUUUAAGACCUAUCAAGUCGGAACUAGACAAGAAGCAAUAAUGAUGCACACCAAGUGCCUGCACUCUGCUCUACCUCGCUGUUUUAUCUCAUAUCAUUUAUCUUUAUUUUAAGAAUCAAAGAGAAAGGAAAGCCAAAGUAAUUUUACAUUUACAAUUAAAAAGGAUGAAGAGGAAGGAAUGUGUAAAUUGUUUACUGAAAACUAGGGAUGUCCCUAUAGCAGGUUUCGGUUCUGAGCCAAUUGGGGCAUUAUUUAACUGAUCGGGGAUCGGAGGAUCCCCUUACUCAGAUCAUAAAUUUAGUCUCAGCUGAGCACAAUUUGUGGCAGAAUGUAACCGUGCAAGUGAGUUGGCAUUACUCACUAACAUGGCUAAAUUGUCAGCAGUGUAGAAGUAUUUUAAUACAAAGUAAUAUCGGAUUGUAUAAUAAAAUAUUUAAAGAAGUGGAUCAGGGGCCAAAAAAGCUGAUCAGGACAUCCCCACUGAAAACCACAUAAAACCAAGAAUAUGUGCAAUGUGCUAAACACUUUAAAAAGUCAUACUAUAAAAGGGGCACUCCCCCUGCAACACAGUCUCACGGCAGUUCGUGAAAUGGUCACGUUAUUUUUAAUCUAUUGAUACGUGUUCACGGGGACAUUUUUGUCGUUUGUUUCGUGGUGGCCGGCACGAAAUGGUCUAUACGGAGAUUAACGGGGAAAGCAUAUGCCACACCCCGGGGGAGGAUGCCUCACACGCCGGGAGAUGGCCGCGGGGAACACUCGACAAUAACGUGACGGUUAACGGGGAAAUAAAACGGCACACGCGGGACGCGAUCCCCAUCCACCACCCCAACCAACCU